CAUUCAUGAACCUCAAACAGUGUGCAACCGUCGCUGCUGGGGUCCCUUCUCAUGGUGAGCCAAGCAACAUCGAGUUGGUUCCCGGCUUCCCCGGUUGUUUGCCACUGAUGACAGCGAGCGACAGGCCACAAGGCGAUCAUCGCUCCUGAUGGCGGCCGGCCGAGAACAGAGGAAGAAGGAAACACAGAGAGAGGUGAUGAGGUCACUGGCGACAUCAACUACAGCUACUUGCAAAUGCGCUUACCACACUGCCUGUCUUCUUCGCCCUAUUUUUGAUCUGUGUCAGCAUCUCUGUUCCAUCCCUGACGCUUCAACCAACUUCGCCUCCUCACAGAGCGACAGACAGACAUGGCAGGAGGUUUGCGUUGAAUCCAACACAAACAUGACGGACACAUGUUUGUUAAAAUGCCUUGCAGCGGGCAAACGUAAAGACACGACCCCGAGUCCAGUUCAAUCCACGACGAUACCAUAAAGAAAACAUAUACAUACAUGUGGUAGAGGCUUUUGAGGCCGAGCGGAGGGAAAUGUUUCCGAAGAAAGCAGUAACAGGUGCAUUCAUCUCUGGACAUGAGCUCUGUCUUCUUGCCAAGAUUACCAACAAAUGCAUCAUCCGAAGCUCUGUUUCCAGGGAUGUUUAUAGCAAGGAGAAAACAACGAGCGUGCUGGGCUAUUACUCGCUGACAGUGACAAUGCCCAUUCUCCUUCAUCCACGCCAUGACAGCGACGCAUGGAGACACGGGAAUUAAAUAAGAGCCCAACGGAGGCGAGUGUUUUGAGUUAGAACUCGAGAAGCGACACCGAGGCACGGUUUCUGAUUCUAUAGGGUUUGGGGUGGCGGUUUUGACCGACUGGAAUUGCACCGAAACCGAAGCAGCGCCACAGCGAUCAGCGUCCUUCGCCACCAACGGCACGAACCGGCACACAUGCGACGGAUCCCACCCCUUCGUUCUCCCAUCCACGGUCGGGGUACGGCAGAGGAAGAUAUAGAAGCGCAGAGGUCAUGGAGACGACCUCUCGGCUUCGGCUGAGACCUCCCCCUGCCCUUUCCGCUUCCAAAGAGGACUGUUUGCUGGUGCUCAGUGCGUGCUCAGUUCGAGCGUGUGGAGGGGUGAAAAGAUUAGGAGAAAGACCACUGACUUGACAGCACUGCUCUCGUCUUCCCCCCCCGCCUCCCCCCGCGUCGCUUCGGGUGAAGUGUUUCCAUGGAAGAAGAGGAUGGAUUCGACCACAUGGAGGAAGGAGGAUUCUUGGAGUUGCUGGGCUCCGGAGGCGAACAGGGCGGCUACCUCUUCGACGCGCCUUCUUCCCUCUCUUCCCCGUCGUCUUCUUGCUACUCUUCUCUGACAGCGGCGCAGAUGCUUUGUUUCGGUGGGAAGGAAGAGGCGGCUCUUGCACCGCACGGAGCGCUUGCCCAGAGAUCAGCAGACAAUUCCUCCAUCUCUUCCCUCUCCUCCUCGCCUAACUCCACCGCCGCCACCACCACCACCACCAUUAAUAUCAACAGCGGCAGUUCUAAGACAUCAAAGAAGAAGGCCGGGAGUGGGGGAGGUGGUGGAGGGAGGAGAACAGCGAGUGCGACGACGACUUCAACCACUCUCAACGCGAACAAGAAGCCAAAGACUGAGGCCUGUGCUUCUGCUAGUCAUGGCGCUAUCAAGGUGAGGAAGGAGAAGCUGGGAGAUCGAAUUAUGGCAUUGCAGCAGCUGGUGUCUCCCUUUGGCAAGUCUGAUACGGCCUCGGUCCUGCACGAAGCAAUGGGCUACAUCCGCUUCCUGCAUGACCAAGUCCAGGUUCUGAGCUCUCCGUACCUGCAAGGCAUGUCAUCUUCGGAUCACAUCCAAGAUGGGCGAGGGAACGAUCUGAGAAGCCGGGGCUUGUGCCUGGUCCCCAUCUCAUGCACGGAGCACGUAACAAGCAGCAAUGGUGCUGAUCUAUGGUCCCCGGCCAUGGGAGGUGGCGAGCCCUCUCCUUCUCCUUCUUCGAAGCACUAAGCAAGCGUCUUCUCUUCUUUCCUUGGUGUAGUGUACUCUUUUCUUCUUGUGUUUUGGGCCUCUUCUCCUUGUUUGUCUUUAACACCCCGUCUCGGGUUGCUGCUUGUUCUCUUCAGGCGUGGGAACAUUAACAGAAGAAAAAGGAAGCUAAUCAUACAUACAUAGGGUAAGUAUGGCUUCUCAACUUCAUAUAGCUUCAGCAUAUUAACUUGCUUCUAUAGAAGAAGAAGAACAAAAAAAAAAAAGGCAUGUUUAGAAGAUAAUUAACAUCAGGAAGAUGCAAAACAGCAAUUUUUUGUGGGGUUCUCCCUCUGUUCUUCUAUUGUACUGCUUUCAAGUUGGAAGGUGGGAGUUUUUCGUGUUUGAUUAACCACAUGAAGAGAGACCUCAUGUUGUUUUCAGAAAGGAUCGGAGACCUAACUUGCUCGA